AUGCCUGUUAGGAUUAUUUGCGGUCACCGCGUAUGGUGUCAACGAUACGGUGAAACAAUGUGCCCGGAAGCUCUUUUCGCUUUUUACAUGGUCCCUAACAAUAACGGAUCAGGUGUAGCUGGAGAAUUGACCAUAUGCGGAACAGAUCCUGCGCAUUACAAGGGAAAAAUAGCAUGGAUACCUUUGAUUGCCGAGGUAUAUUGGACGAUAAGUUUGGGAUCGGUGUAUGUCAGAGGUACGACGAUAACUAAUGGAACACAGAACGGCAUCGUUGAUACCGGCACAUCGUUCAUUGCCGGACCUACUGAUGCUAUCAAGAAGCUUCAAAAUGUAUUCUCCUUAGCGGGGGCCACAAAUGGUACCGAAGGCAUGUACCAAAUCGAAUGCAAUAAUAUCUCAAAAUUGCCAGCAGUUAUAUUCACUCUUGGUGGUCAAGACUUUGUUCUUCAAGGUUCCGAUUAUGUCCUCCAGAACAACCAGACCUGUCAACUCGGCUUCACAGCAUUCGACCUCCCAAGUUGGAUGGGUACGCCCUUCUGGUAA